AUGUCUGGCCAGGAUGCUCCUGGGGGCCUUUGUGCACAAGGCUAUUACUGCACGGGGAGGACAAAGACCGCAAAGCCAGAGGAUGGAGUCACUGGAGAUCUCUGUCCUCGAGGACAUUUCUGCCCUGCAGGCUCAGCAGCACCUUCCCCAUGCCCCAGUGGGGAGUACAGCAAUGCCACAGGCCAAGACAAAUGCCUUCCUUGUCCUGCUGGGUUUCACUGUUCAAAGGGGCUGCGGCGCCGCUGCCCUCCUGGCUUCUACUGCCCUCAGAAAACCGGGAUCAGUUUUUAUCCUUGUCCUCCUGGGACUUACAACCCCUCCUAUGGCCUGAGCCGUGCUGAGAGGUGCCAGCAGUGCCCUGCAGGAAUGUUCUGUGGAGAAUGGGGAUUGUCCUCUCCCAGUGGUCCCUGCUGGCCUGGAUUCUUCUGCACAUCAGGAGCAAGUGUCCCAAACCCCAGUGGAGCCACAAACACGAGCAGUGGUGGCCCCUGCCCGCCUGGACACUUCUGCCCAGCUGGCACCAGCAUCCCCCAGCGAUGCCCUGUGGGCACUUACUCAGACAGGUGUGUGGGAGAAUGGAGGUCCUUGUCCUGCUACUUCUGCCCAGAAAACACCACCAGCUACAGCACCAACCCCUGCCCAGCUGGAUUUUACUGCCCCAAAGGCACCAGGUUUGCCACCGAGUUUCCCUGUCCCAGGGGCUACUACAACCCUGACCCGCUGAGCCAGAGCUUGGACAGCUGCCUGCCCUGCCCGCCCGGGCACUACUGCGGGCAGGAGGGGCUGACAACGGCCUCGGGCAGGUGUGACCCAGGCUGGUUUUGCAUCUCAGCAGCCUGGACCUCGCAGCCGUUUGACCUGGACAACUACACCAGUGCCAACUGCCUGUGCCCAGCCACUGCCACCGGGGGCAAGUGCACAGCUGGCUUUUACUGUCCCCAGGGAAGCCCAGAGCCUCUUCCUUGUCCCCCAGGGCUCUUCUGCAAUGCCUCAGGGCUGCCUGUCCCCAGCGGGGAAUGUGCUGCUGGCUUCUACUGUGCAGGGGGGGCUGCUGGCCCCAAACCCACGGAUGGUGUCACUGGGAACGUCUGCCCCGUGGGCUCUUACUGCACUGCAGCAUCAGCAGCGCCCCAGCUCUGCCCAGCGGGCUCCUUCUCCAGCCUGCCAGGGAGGAGAGCCCUUUCUGAGUGCCAGCCCUGCCCCUCUGGCUUCUACUGUGAGGCACCCGGCCUCAGUGCCCCCACCGGGGAGUGCAGGGAAGGGUUUUACUGUGACAGCCAGCAAGGGCCACUCAUCGAUGUCACCCUCUACCCCUGCCCACGAGGCUUUUACUGCCCAGUGGGGACCAGCAGCAGCUCUCAGCACAGCUGCCCUGCAGGGACCUUCGGAGCGAGGCAGAAACUGAAAUCUCUCCAGGAAUGUCAACGAUGCCCAGCAGGAAAAUACUGUGAAUUCCCUGGCCUGGCUGCCCCAACAGGAGAUUGUGCUGAGGGGUUUUGGUGCAGAGGCGGUGCUCGAGUGAGGAACCCCCAGGAUGGAGAGUCAGGCCUGCCUUGUCCUGCUGGGCACUACUGUCCUGAAGGUGCCCCAGUGCCACUGCAGUGCCCUCCUGGCACCUGGUCUGGCCGGGAGGGCAGGAGGAGGCUGCAGGAAUGCCAGCCCUGUCCUGGGGGACAUUUCUGUGACAGCUCCGGGCAGAGGGCACCGUCGGGGCAGUGCAGCCCUGGGUUCUACUGUGCCGGCGGUGCCCGCAGCCCCACGCCCGCCGACGGCCUCUCAGGAGCUCCGUGCCCCGCGGGUCACUUCUGUCCCCGGGGCUCCAGGGGCCCGGUGCCGUGUCCCCCGGGCUCCCACGCCCACUCCCACGGAGAGCAGUGCCAGCCCUGCCCAGGGGGUCAGUUCUGCGUGUCCGGAGAGGCGCCACGGCCGUGUCCCCAGGGGCAUUUCUGUCCCCAGGGCACAGCUCUUCCCGUGGCUUGUCCAGCAGGAUCCUAUAACCCUUCGCUGAGCCAAACCAGCUGCCUGCCCUGUCCUGAAGGGUGA